UGUGUAUACAGUUACUUACAAGCUUAUCUGACGGAUAAUUGUUGGACACAACAUCAACAAACGGUCAAAAAAAUCCGCACCAUGAUGAGGAUUUGUACUGUUUCAUUACUGGUCUGUAUCGCGCAAGUUGUCUAUUCGCAAGGGACGUGUAUCAGCCCCACGUCCGUUGUGUUUGAGAACAAGUGCUUUGAGGUGUUCGAGACUCCAUCGACAUGGCAGGAAGCGGAGAAAAACUGCUCAAUGUUUACCGCAAGACGGACACUGGCCAAAGUUUCUUCGGAGGCUGAAUUGUCUUUUUUAUUCUCUCUAAAACCAAACGUUUCUGAAGGCAUGUGGAUUGGAGGCAGUAACACGACAAAUGAAGGUAAAUGGAUGUGGACGGAUGGAACGACUGCAAAUUUAAGCUCCUUGUGGGGCCCGCAUGAACCUAAUAACGAAAAGGGAAAUGAAUACUGUCUUGAGAUAUAUUUCAAAGAGGGAAUGUUAAACGACGAAUCUUGCGAUGGACUGCGUCCAUUUGUUUGCAUGGAAAUGAUUGGUUAGUAUUAUUGAUUCACGUUUUUCUAUUAUUUUAAUAUUAUUUCUAGAGAAUAUUUUAUACAAAUAAUUUCUUAGGUUUUUUUUUAAGUUAGUAAUGCCAGCUUACUUAUUUUUCCUUUGUUAAACGUAAAAAAAUGAAAAGAUAAGAAAUGCUUAUCAUUACUGGUUAUAAUAUAUGAAAUAUAUAAUACAAGGGAUUACAUUUAAUGUUUUUUUAACAAUCGCUCCAAGUUUAUGAAGUUUUCCAGGCUUGUUAGUUUAAAAACAGGAGGUUAUAUCACAAACAUUAACUUUAUAAUACGAUAAUUGACAUGUACUUAAUUGACGUGACCGGUAGGAGGGGCGGUCAUUCCUGUUAAAACAAUUUUUAGAACAAAACUCUUUAUUUAUUGCGGUAUGCCAGAAAAAAAUUACAGAUUUCUAGUUUUGUGGAUUUAAAAUUCUAAUUUCACAUUUUCAUUUUACAAAAUAUAUGCUAUACUUUAUAUAUACUAUAUAGUUAAAUUAUUCCUAUAGCUAAUCUUCUAUCGCUAAAGUUCCAAAACGUUCUCUACAGCCCAUUUAAAAUGUAAUGUAAACCUAAUUCUAAUUUUUCGAUCUCCUAAAAUAUAGCAUUUAAAAGUGAAAAUAUCAUAAAGCAUUAUUUUCUGCAACUUGAAUUACAGGUUGGUUUGUUUCAAACAAUUAAAAAUAAGCAUCAAACAAAAGAAAUACAAUUCUAAAUAUUAUCACAUACUUACUUAUAAUAUAGUUCAAUAUUAAUAUACCAAAUGGAACGAAUCAGAAACCUUAACUCUUCUGAAUUUCGCCGUAUAUCCGAAUUUUUAAAAAUUGAAUUAUAAUUUUCGAUUUUUCCACUGCUGUUUUUUUUUCUGAAGCUUAAAACGUAACGACACAUAAAACUGUAAAUACCGUACAAAUAUUGUCGAGGGUGGCUUUUUCUUCUCGACCUGCAUACAUUAAAAGCUACUCGCGUCACGCUCUUUACUAAGGAGCCCUUAGCGUGGACAGAUUUUUUUGUGUUUAUUUUUGUUGCUGCAAAAAAAAUCUACAAAUAAUUUCCAGAAAAUGUUUUCUGAAACUGUGAGUAUUAUUGUUUUGGUUUUUACAUUUGUUAAUGUAUACGUUUUCGUCA